GAAAAACUCAAAGGGGCACAAGAAAUAACGACUUGUGCAAGGCAAUGCAAAAUGCUGUUAAUAACAGUAUACCAAUUGUAUACUUUACGUGACUGUUAAGCAAUCAGCUGACCAUUUCUGUCCGUUCAACGUAGCAAAAAAUACCAGAACAGAACAUAAUAAAUACUAAACCAACGCAGCAAAUUUUGUUGUGUCCCGCAGCAGCGAAGAUGUUAAAUCUCGGCUAAAAAUCGACGUAAACAAUAGAAUUAAAGCGCGAUCGAACCAAUAAUCAAAGCAAUCGUAACACCAUCACUAAUCUCAUAAUGGGCGAUUUUUUCAAGUCGCUAAAUUUCAACUAUUUCAACAACACCACAUCCAGCAGCAGCGUAGGCGAUGAUGGUGGAAGCGGGGGAGGCGGAGCUAGUGCAAGUGGAACCACCAUCAAUAGUGGCAGUCUGGACAAUGAUUACGUUGGCCAAUUCGUGGAAAUUGCUGGCCAAAGGCUUCGAACGAAAUGUGUGAUAGCUGAAGGCGGCUAUGCGUUUGUGUACGUUGCACAAGAUGUGAAAAAUGGCACAGAAUACGCCCUCAAGCGUUUGAUCGGCGCCGAUCAGCAGGCUUGCCAGGCCAUCAACAACGAGAUAAACGUGCACAGACAACUGUCGGGUCAUGGCAAUAUCGUGACAUUUGUCGGCUCCAAUUGCAUAGCGCCAAGUGCCCAUCAGGGUGCGCAAUUCUUGCUGCUCACCGAACUUUGCAAGGGCGGCUCGCUAGUAGACUGCUUCCGUGUGGAUAAUGCGCCACUCGAUCCGCCCGUCAUUCUGCGCAUCUUUUAUCAAAUGGCACGCGCCGUUGCCCACAUGCACACCCAGACGCCUCCUAUAGCACAUCGCGACAUUAAGAUUGAAAACUUCCUCAUUGGCAAUGACAAACAAAUCAAACUCUGCGACUUUGGCUCCGCUACCAAGGAGCUGCUUUCGCCCACCUUCGAGUGGAGUGCCCAGCAGCGUAAUAUGCUUGAGGAUCAGCUAAAUACAGUGACAACGCCCAUGUAUCGUGCACCCGAAAUGCUAGACACCUGGUCGAACUAUCCCAUCGGACCCAAGGCGGAUGUUUGGGCUUUAGGAUGCAUACUGUAUUUCCUUUGCUAUCAGAAGCAUCCCUAUGAAGAUGGCGGCAAGCUGCGCAUCAUCAAUGCCAACUACAUGCUGCCACCAGAGCAGCGUUAUCACUGCUUUCGCGAGAUAAUCAAGGGAUGCUUUAAGGUGAAUCCCGACGAACGCUUUGACAUUUCCAUGGUGCUGGAGAGAUUAGCCGCCAUUGCAGAGACACACAACUGGUCGCUCAAGGGUCCGUUGGACUUAAGAGGCAUUCCGAUUGGCACAUCGCCAACGGAGAGUCCAUCACGUUCGCAACCGGAAAUAAGUCGCUCUGAGUUCUACACUGACAAUCCAAAUGGCACUGCAAUGCCGCCACCACAAGCUGCUGCAGGGGCUGCUGCCGCUGCCAGUCAUGGCAAUGGCAGCCUGUUAUCCUCGCUACGCGGCGGCGCCGGCACACUGUUCAAGAACCUUAAAGACACCUCGACCAAGGUUAUGCAAACUAUGCAGCAGUCAAUUGCACGCAACGAUCUGGAUAUAAGUCACAUCACAUCACGCAUUCUGGUUAUGCCGUGUCCCUCGGAUGGCUUUGAGUCUACCUACAAGACCAACAACAUUGAGGACGUACGUCUCUCGUUGGAGAGCCGCUUUGCCCCGCAAAAGAUAAGCAUUUACAAUUUUGGAGCACGGACUGUGCCGCGUCUGCCGCCUCCAGUGCGUACUGUAGAAGCGGGCAGCGUUUACGGUUGUCCACAGGCACAUGCACCCAAUCUGCAGGGUCUCUUCACUGUUUCUGCGGACAUGUACAAUUUCCUUAAUGCUGAUCCCAACUCCGUUGUCAUUGUGCAAACCGGUGAUUCUGGUGGCUGUACAGCAGCCACUGUGAUUUGUGCACUACUAAUGUACGCUGGAUUGCUGCACGAACCCGAGGAUGCUGUACAAGUGUUUGCCGUUAAGCGGCAUACGAUCAAUUUGCGCCCAUCGGAGUUUCGUUAUCUCUAUUACUUUGGAGACAUACUGCGUCCGACGCCAUUGCUGCCGCACUACAAGAACUUCAAUCUGGUUUCGCUGAGUUGCCAGCCUGUGCCGCGCAUGACAAAGGCCCGCGAUGGUUGUCGCAUUUACAUGGAAAUCUACUGCAACGAAAAGCUAAUGCUCAGCACCUUGCAGGACUACGAGAAAAUGCGACUACAUCUAGCGGGUCCCGGCAAAAUCGUGUUGCCCAUCAAUUUAACUGUAUGUGGUGACUUGACUGUCGUUUUGUAUCAUGCACGAAAUGCUUUAAAGGGCAUGGUGCGUCCGCAGGGCUUGAAGAUUUGCCAAUUUCAAAUCAACACUGGUUUCGUGCCAGAGCCCGAAACACUGAUUACUUUCAAUGGUACCGAUCUAGACGAUUUGCCCGACCCAGAGCAGGUGCCGCCCAACUUCUGUGUGUCGCUAUCGUUGAGCGUGACCGAGUCAGAGACACCGCCUAGCCAUAAGCCACCAUGGCUGCCUGCCAAGGCCAAGCGUGCUGCUCAAAAUCUCUUUGGCUCGGAUUUGGAGUAUGCCGAGAUGCUCGAUAACUUUGUCACCAAACCAAAUUCACGUUCCUCACCGCCGGCAUCGAUUCGCAAACCGGAACGCUCUGGUUCGCCGUUGGUGCUGCCCGAUGUCACUGAAAUUGCUCACGAUGCGCCCACAGCAAUGCCAGAGCCAUCGCCACCCAUCGAUUUGCUCAAUUUGAAUCAGCAGCCAAGCGGAAGCCAAGCUGCAUCUGCUGCUGCCAAUCCUUUGGCAAGCGCCAUGCCUAGCUCAGACGCUAGUUUCGAUUUGUUGGGCGCGUUUGGUGAUGAUGACUCCACGGGCAUUGGAUCGGCACCCAUUCCAGAUGUGUUGCCCCCGCCACAAGCAGCAGCAACACAACAACCCAAAAUCAACACCGAUCUCUUUGACAUCUUUGGAUCAAUUGAUCAGAACAGCGGCAUUGGCACUCCCAACUUGAAGCCCACCACGACCACAAAUCUACCGCCCUUCGUUGGGUCCGUGCCGACUUUUGUGACCACGCCCGCAGCACCCAGAAAGGAGCCAUCGCCAACGCAACCGCCGAAACCAUUAGAUCCAUUUGCUGACAUCGCCAAUUUGGCAUCAGAUCUGAACAUUAACUUCAAUCGCAGCACACUAGGCCCCAAAUCGACGAGCACCACUCCCGUUGGACACAGUCCACAGACUACGCAGUUUUCCAGCCCCACGCACAUACCAGUGCCAAAUCAACCCCAGGCACAGCCAAGAUCCCAGUCGCAGCCACAACCGGCAUUUUCCAAGCCACAGCCGCAACCUCAGCCACAACCACAGGCAACACCACAAUCACGUCCGGACUACAGUCGCAUGCAUUUCGAUGCGCCGAAGCCAGGACAGCAGGCAGGUGGUGUCGGAGGUGGAGCCAAGAGUUCAGAUAUCUUUGCGGAUAUACUGGGACAACAAGGAUACUCCUUUGGCAGUAAAAUGAAUCAGGGACCUCGAUCCAUCAACGAAAUGCGCAAGGAAGAGCUGGUUAGGGAUAUGGAUCCUAAGAAAGUGCGCAUCAUGGAAUGGACCGAUGGCAAGAAGAACAACAUACGCGCCUUGCUGUGCUCCAUGCAUACGGUGUUGUGGGAGAACGCUAAAUGGCAGAAAUGUGAAAUGUCCACAAUGGUUACGCCGGCUGAGGUUAAGAAGGCCUAUCGACGGGCGUGUCUUGCCGUGCAUCCAGAUAAGCAUAAUGGAACCGAGCACGAGGAAAUCGCCAAACUUAUAUUUAUGGAACUAAAUAACGCUUGGACGGAUUUCGAGAAUGAUGCCACACAGCAAAAUAUGUUCAAUGCUUAAUUCUAUCUAUAUAUACAUACCCAUGUAUAUACAUACUUAGUUUUAACUAUCCUUCUAUUAGCUGAAAAUAGUGUAAAGCCAUCUAAGAGUGUAA